AUGAAUUACGAAUUUGGGAGAGAAAGUGGUUUUAUCAACAGCCAGCCGUCGCUCGCUGAGUGCCUGACAUCUCUCACUAACCCUGUCGGUGAUGCAUUUCAAAGUUCAUCAAUCAAGGGCUCGGCGCUUUCACAGUCGACACUGAUUCCUCCUCCUUUUGAGCAGACCAUCCCCGGCCUGCACCCGGGCAUCCACCCACGCCACAGCCGCGCAAAACAGCCGCUGCAGGCUGCAUCCCUUCCCCCGGAGUACCCGUGGAUGAAGGAGAAAAAAAGCAUCAAGAGACACCCGACUGCUGCUGCUGCUUCUUCUGCAACAACGACUGACUCCUCUUGUUUAGGUUCCCCAGAGGAGCCAGAGCUAGGAGGGUCAUCCCGGAGAUUGAGGACUGCGUACACCAACACCCAACUUCUGGAGCUGGAGAAGGAGUUUCAUUUUAACAAAUACCUGUGCAGACCGAGGCGAGUGGAAAUAGCUGCUUUGCUGGAUUUAACAGAGAAGCAGGUGAAAGUGUGGUUUCAGAACAGGAGGAUGAAGCACAAGAAGCAGACCCAUUGCAAGGAGAACCGGGACAGUGAGGGGAAAUACGCGUGCCUGGACGACGGGCAGGAGGACGAGUUUGAGCAGGAGGAAGACAGCAGUGUAGCCGGGGGGACGCUCCUGGAGAGGGAGAGGUAUUUCCACCAAAAUACCUUAACUUCACAACAUUGUAUGAACGGGCACAAUGGGGACAACCAAAGCGCUUUGAACAGCAAUGAGAAAAAUCUGAAACAUUUUCCUAACCCGGCACCCACUGUUCCUAUCUGCGUGUCAACAAUAGGCCCGGACAAUGAUAAUUCCCCGGGCCUGGACGUCUCUUUGCAGGAUUUCCACGUUUUCUCCUCCUCCUCCUCUUUCUCACCAAGUUUGUCAGAUUCUGCACAUAGUCCCUUGUCUUUAUCCUCCGAAACUUUUGACCUUUUCUCAGAAACAUUCACAACAAUCGACCUGCAAAACUUGAGCUAUUAAAAUAUUUCAACAUGUUUCAUUUGAGUU